AUGGCUUCCCUCCCCGUCGACCAGAAGAAGAAGUGCGGUGUGCUUGGAGCCACUGGCUCUGUCGGCCAGAGAUUCAUCCUCCUCCUCGCAGACCAUCCUACCCUCAAACUGCACGCUGUCGGCGCCUCGUCUCGCUCCGCCGGCAAGCAAUAUAAAGAUGCGGCACGAUGGAAACAAGCAAGGCCGAUGUCAGAGGAGCUAGGCGCAUUGGUGGUGCGGGAUUGUCGAGCGGAGGAUUUCAAGGACUGCGAUCUUGUGUUUUCAGGCCUGGAUAGCGACGUUGCUGGUGAAGUUGAGAUGGCAUUUAUCAAAGCUGAGAUACCCGUCUUCUCCAACGCGAAGAACUAUCGUCGGGAUCCAAUGGUCCCCCUCGUCGUCCCCACGGUCAACAUCUCACAUCUGGACCUCAUCCCACACCAGAGGAAACAGUAUAAACUGAACAAGGGCUUCCUGGUGUGCAACUCAAACUGCGCAGUCAUUGGUGUCGUUAUCCCCUUCGCCGCCCUACAGGCUAAAUUUGGCCCCAUCGAAGAAGCAGAAGUGUUCACUGAACAGGCCAUCUCUGGCGCUGGAUACCCCGGUGUCCCCAGCAUGGAUAUCGUGGAUAACAUCGUCCCCUUCAUCCCCGGCGAGGAAGACAAGCUGGAGACGGAGGCACAGAAGAUCCUGGGAGCACUUAACGCCGACGCUACUGCGUUUGAGGACCAGACUCUUACCGUUGGAGCGACAUGUACUCGCGUGGGAGUUACGGAUGGACACAUGGCAUUUGUUUCACUACGGUUUAAGAACACUCCUGCUCCGAGUGCAGAGGAAGUUGUGCAGGCGCUGAGGGAGUAUAAGUCUGAGGCUCAGAAGCUGGGAUGUCCGUCUGCACCGCCAGAGGCGAUCAAAGUGUUCGAUGAGCCUGAUCGGCCACAGCCCCGACUCGAUCGCGAUAUCGCUGGCGGAUACACCGUGAGUGUCGGCCGUGUUCGCGAGGCGGCGAAGGGCAGCCAUUUCCACAUCCGAUUUGCUGCUCUCUCCCACAACACUAUCAUUGGAGCAGCCGGAUCCUCUAUACUCAACGCCGAAGCUGCCGUGAUCAAGGGAUUUAUAUAG